UGUUCCGCGCUCCUCUUAGGGUUCUUUGCUCGGGAAAAAUAUUUUAUAAUUCAGGUUGACGGCUCGGUUCAGGCGCGCGCUUCGACACCUUUUGGUGUUUUCUCCCCCAACGAUGAGUUGGAUCUAAAAAGGACCUUUUCGAUGUGGAUUCGAGGAUGCAAGAAGCAGGUGAACAGUCUGAAGGGGCACAGUAUGCCAGCAGCAAAAGGACCGCUCCCCCCGGUGACACUUCAGCGCUCUGGUCCGAAAGCCAAACCCGUCUGCACCAGCUGCAUCCUCCAGAGGCCCUGCACGCCCCGCCCAGCGCCGGCAAGCCCGUCGGCUCCUCCUGCGGUCUCUUUGGGGCCAACAGUGGCAUUCAGGACUCGAGCGGCACUGAUUCCGGUGUCAGUCCGGUCCUCGCCUGGCAUGCCGCCAUCAGUGCCGCUCGCCAGGCACAGGACGAUGUCGAAAAGCCCGACAUGAGGACGCAGCCCGCGGUUUGCACCACGGGACCAGCUCCUGUGGGCUCGCUGGCGCAGAGGAAGAGGCAGCAGUACGCCAAAAGCAAAAAGCAGGGAGGGUCCGGCAGCAGCAGGCCGCCCAGGGCUCUGUUCUGCCUCACCCUCAACAACCCUAUCCGCAGGGCCUGCAUCAGCCUGGUGGAGUGGAAACCGUUUGAUAUCUUUAUACUGCUUUCUAUUUUUGCCAACUGUGUGGCCUUAGCCAUCUACAUCCCCUUCCCCGGAGAUGACUCCAACUCUACCAACCAAGAACUGGAAACAGUGGAAUAUGCCUUUCUGAUCAUUUUCACUAUAGAGACAUUUCUGAAGAUCAUUGCUUACGGUCUGGUCAUGCACCAAAACUCCUACGUGAGAAACGGCUGGAACAUGCUGGACUUUGUCAUCGUCAUAGUAGGUUUGUUCAGUGUAGUUCUGGAGAUGAUAACCAAAGACGCUGACUCUGGCGGACAGUCUGGAGGCAAACCUGGGGGGUUUGACGUCAAGGCCCUUCGAGCUUUUCGCGUGCUGCGACCGCUUCGCCUCGUCUCUGGAGUUCCUAGUUUACAGGUGGUUUUAAACUCCAUUAUUAAAGCAAUGGUUCCCCUGCUUCACAUUGCUCUGCUGGUCCUCUUUGUCAUUAUCAUCUACGCCAUCAUCGGCCUGGAGCUCUUCAUUGGCAAAAUGCAUGCAACCUGUAUGAUGCAAACAGGCGCCCUCGCAGAAGAAGAGGCCACGCCGUGUGCGGUUUCAGGGCACGGCCGCCUUUGCCUGCUCAAUGGUACAUCUUGCAGAGAGGGAUGGCAAGGACCCAACAACGGCAUAACCAACUUUGACAAUUUUCUGUUUGCCAUGCUCACUGUGUUCCAGUGCAUCACCAUGGAGGGCUGGACUGACGUUCUCUACUGGAUGAACGAUGCAAUGGGCUUUGAGCUGCCCUGGGUCUACUUUGUCAGUCUGGUCAUCUUUGGAUCCUUCUUUGUUCUCAACCUGGUUUUGGGUGUGUUGAGCGGAGAGUUUUCCAAAGAGCGAGAGAAGGCCAAGGCCCGGGGAGACUUCCAGAAGCUACGGGAGAAGCAGCAGUUGGAGGAGGACCUGAAAGGCUACCUGGACUGGAUCACCCAGGCGGAGGACAUCGACCCCGAGAACGAGGAGGAGGGGGACGAGGAGGGCAAGCGUAACCGGGUCACUCUGGCUGACCUCACUGAGAAGAAGAAAGGGAAGUUUGGCUGGUUCACACAGUCCACAGAGACACAGGCGAGUAUGCCCAGCGAGACAGAGUCUGCAAACACAGAGAAUCACAACGGAGAGGAAAACAAGUCCCCCUGCUGUGGGCCGCUAUGUCAAAAAAUUACUAAGUCAAAGUGCAGUCGUCAGUGGCGACGGUGGAACCGUUUCUGCCGCAGAAAGUGUCGAGCGGCCGUGAAGUCCGUGACGUUUUAUUGGCUGGUCAUCAUCUUGGUGUUCCUCAACACGCUCACCAUUGCUUCUGAGCACUACAACCAGCCGGACUGGCUGACCACAGUACAGGACGUGGCCAACAAAGUUCUCCUGGCGAUGUUCACCUUGGAGAUGCUAGUGAAGAUGUACAGUUUGGGGCUGCAGGCCUACUUUGUGUCGCUGUUUAACCGCUUUGACUGUUUCGUGGUGUGCGGAGGCAUCGUGGAGACCAUCCUGGUGGAGGUGGCCAUCAUGUCCCCGCUGGGCAUCUCGGUUUUCCGAUGCGUUCGGCUCCUCAGGAUCUUCAAGGUUACGCGUCACUGGGCGUCUCUCAGCAACCUGGUGGCCUCUCUGCUCAACUCCAUGAAGUCCAUCGCCUCCCUGUUGCUGCUGCUCUUCCUCUUCAUCAUUAUUUUCUCCUUGCUCGGCAUGCAGCUUUUUGGGGGCAAGUUCAACUUUGACGAGACUGUGACGAAAAGGAGCACGUUUGACAACUUCCCCCAGGCGCUGCUCACCGUGUUCCAGAUCUUGACAGGAGAGGACUGGAACACCGUGAUGUACGACGGUAUCAUGGCGUACGGCGGCCCGGCCUCCUCCGGGAUGGUGGUCUGCAUUUACUUCAUCAUCCUUUUCAUCUGUGGAAACUACAUCCUGCUAAACGUCUUCUUGGCCAUCGCCGUUGACAACCUGGCCGACGCCGAGAGCCUCAACACGGCCCAGAAGGAGGAAGAGGAGGCCAAGAAGAGGAAGAAUAGUGUCAAGGACACCAGCACUGACACGAAGAGAGUUGAAAUAAUAGACGUCAAGGACGGAGAGACCAAGGUGACAGCAGAGGUUCUGCUGGAGGAAGACAAGGAGUCCUAUCCGGCCAUUGACUCUCCAGCUUGUGAUGGCGACGACGACAACGGCGGCGUUGUCCCGGAGGCCCCGUCAGGGCUGCAUCAUCUACGGCUGUCUGAACUCAGCAUCAAAGAGAAGACUCCGCCCAUCCCGCUGGGCAGCGCCUUCUUCAUCUUCAGCAGCACUAACCCGUUCCGUGUGUUCUGCCAUAAACUGAUCAACCAUCAGAUCUUCACCAACCUCAUCCUGGUUUUCAUAAUGCUCAGCUCAAUCUCUCUGGCUGCCGAGGACCCGAUACGCAACUUCUCUGCUCGUAACAUCAUACUUGGUUAUUUUGACUAUGCUUUCACCGCAAUCUUUACUGUUGAGAUCCUGUUCAAGAUCCUAGGCUAUGCAGACUAUGUCUUCACUAGUAUUUUUACAUUUGAGAUCCUUAUUAAGAUGACAGCGUUUGGAGCCUUCCUUCACAAAGGGGCAUUUUGCAGAAACUACUUCAACCUUUUAGACCUGCUGGUGGUUGGUGUGUCUCUGGUCUCCUUUGGCAUCCAGUCCUCUGCUAUUUCAGUGGUGAAAAUCCUGCGUGUUCUGAGAGUCCUGCGCCCGCUCAGGGCCAUCAACAGAGCCAAAGGACUUAAGCAUGUGGUCCAGUGUGUGUUUGUUGCCAUCAGGACCAUCGGCAACAUCAUGAUCGUCACCACGCUGCUGCAGUUCAUGUUCGCUUGUAUCGGAGUGCAGCUCUUCAAGGGGAAAUUCUAUCGCUGCACGGAUGACGCCAAGUCCAGUCCAGAUGAGUGCAAAGGUACCUACAUUCUCUACAACAACGGGGACACAGCGCUGCCCAUGGUGAAAGAGAGGAUCUGGUACAACAGUGACUUCAACUUUGACAACGUCCUCAUGGCCAUGAUGGCUCUUUUCACCGUCUCCACAUUCGAGGGGUGGCCCACUCUGCUCUACAAGGCCAUCGACUCCAACAGGGAGAACAUGGGUCCCAUCUACAACUACCGCAUCGAGAUCUCCAUCUUCUUCAUCAUCUACAUUAUCAUCAUUGCCUUCUUCAUGAUGAACAUCUUCGUCGGUUUCGUCAUCGUCACCUUUCAGGAGCAGGGGGAGAAGGAGUACCAGAACUGUGAGCUGGACAAGAACCAGCGGCAGUGUGUGGAAUAUGCUCUUAAAGCUCGUCCUCUGCGCCGCUACAUCCCCAAAAACCCUUACCAGUACAAGUUCUGGUAUGUGGUCAACUCUACUGGUUUUGAGUACGUCAUGUUCGUACUGAUCAUCCUCAACACCUUGUGUCUGGCCAUUCAGCACCACGGUCAGUCUCAUCUGUUUAACUAUGCCAUGGACAUCCUCAACAUGGUCUUCACCGGGGUUUUCACUGUGGAGAUGAUCCUCAAGCUCAUUGCCUUCAAACCCAGAGGCUAUGUUGGAGACGCCUGGAACGUCUUCGAUGCCCUGGUCGUGAUUGGCAGUGUAGUCGACAUCAUACUCAGCCAGAACUAUUUUGCUGAUGCAUGGAACACGUUUGAUGCCUUAAUUGUUGUGGGUAGCGUGGUUGACAUUGCCAUCACUGAGGUUAAUUCAGCAGCGAUUCCCGUCGUCAAGGUGAUAGUGGAGCCCGGGAACACGGAGGACAGCGCUCGCAUCUCCAUCACCUUUUUCCGCCUGUUCAGAGUAAUGCGAUUGGUCAAACUUCUGAGCAGGGGGGAGGGCAUCCGGACUCUGCUGUGGACCUUCAUCAAGUCUUUCCAGGCUCUUCCCUAUGUUGCACUCCUGAUAGCCAUGCUGUUCUUCAUCUAUGCUGUAAUUGGCAUGCAGGUGUUCGGCAAAAUAGCCAUGGUGGACGGAACUCAAAUCAACCGCAACAACAACUUUCAGACUUUUCCUCAAGCAGUCCUGAUGCUCUUCAGGUGUGCCACAGGUGAAGCCUGGCAGGAGAUCAUGCUGGCCUGUCUGCCAGGGAAGCUGUGCGAUCCAGAGUCGGACUACAACCCCGGAGAGGAGAGAACCUGCGGCAGCGGCUUCGCCAUUAUCUACUUCAUCAGCUUCUACAUGCUCUGCGCUUUCCUGAUCAUUAACCUGUUUGUCGCUGUCAUCAUGGACAACUUUGACUAUCUCACCCGGGAUUGGUCCAUUCUUGGUCCGCAUCACCUGGAUGAGUUUAAAAGGAUCUGGUCCGAAUACGACCCUGAAGCCAAAGGCCGGAUAAAGCAUCUGGAUGUGGUGACUCUGCUGAGGAGGAUCCAGCCCCCGCUGGGCUUUGGCAAGCUCUGCCCUCACAGGGUGGCCUGUAAGCGUCUGGUGGCAAUGAACAUGCCCCUCAACAGCGACGGGACUGUCAUGUUUAAUGCCACCUUGUUCGCUCUGGUCCGCACUGCUCUCAAGAUUAAGACUGAGGGUAAUCUGGAACAAGCCAAUGAGGAGCUUCGAGCUGUGAUUAAGAAGAUUUGGAAGAGGACAAGCAUGAAGCUGCUGGACCAGGUGGUGCCCCCUGCAGGCGAUGACGAGGUAACAGUGGGGAAGUUCUAUGCCACCUUCCUGAUACAGGACUACUUCAGGAAGUUCAAGAGGCGCAAAGAGCAAGGUCUUGUAGGGAUGCGCUCGUGGGAGAGGCUGAACACAACCAUGGCUCUACAGGCCGGCCUGCGCACGCUGCAUGACAUCGGACCGGAGAUCCGUCGAGCCAUAUCAUGUGACCUGCAGGAGGCGGGGCUAGUAGAUGACAAUGGCGAGGAAGAAGAGGAUAUCUACAGGCGUAACGGCAGCCUUUUUGGAAACCAUGUCAGCGGCGAUCAGCAGGGCUGCUCCCACCCGACCACCGUCACCCAGCGGCCGCUUCAGAUCCUGCCGUCCUCCUGCAGCGCCUCCACCGAACCCACCCGGACGGGCAGCAGAGCCAAAGACGCCGAGCGAGGAGGAGAGACGAACUCUUCCCCCGUCCAGUACAACCACCAUUAUCACACCGCUCACGAUCCCCGCGCGAUCCCCUCCAAUGCCAACCUCAACAACGCCAACGUGCCCUCGCUGCUCUCCGUGACCAAUGGGAGGCUGCAGAAGUGCUUGUUGAGGAGAGACCGUCCCUCCUCCACCAAAAACGGGUCUUCCAGCAAAGGAGUACGCGACAAGCUGCGGAAGUCUCACUCCUCGAGGACACGGUACUACGAGGCCUACAUUAGGUCAGAAAGCGGCGAUGGGCUCCGUUCCACCAUCCGUCAAGAGGAGCCGGGGGACGGAGACAGCGAUGACGGGCGAGGCUCGGGGGAGUACUUCAGUGGGGAGGAGUUUCACGAAGACGACGUCAUGCUGACACACGAACGAGACUUUGACCUCGGGGUUUCCAGGAGCGACCGCCGGCUUGACGGUUACUAUGACGAUGACCAGCAGCCGAUCUGCCGGGUUGGCAGCCGGUCUCCCAGGAGGUGGCUUCUACCUUCGCCGCAAGCUUCCAGCAGGUCGACGUUCAAUUUUGAGUGUCUUCGCAGAAGAAGUAGUCAGGAUGACGCCCCUCUGUCACCAUCCUGCACAGCUCUUCCGCUACACCUGGUGCAGCAGCAGGUGAUGGCGGUGGCUGGUUUCGACGCGAGCAGAAUUCACCGCUUGUCUCCCACGCGGUCGCUCCGCUCCUGGGUCACGCCCCCCGCCUCUCCCAUCGCCCGCGACAGCUCCCCCUCCUACACGCCGCUCAUACAGGUGGACUGGCGCAGCCCCGGCAGCGUCUGCAGCGUCCCCGGAGCGGUGAAGAGGAGUUCCUGGUAUUCAGACGGGCCCCUCAGCCUCUCUCCGUCACAUCUGAAGCUGCCUGCUGACGGCUGCCCACACGUACUGCAGAAGAGAGGCAGCGCCAACAGCGUGGUGGAGGCUGUGUUGAUCUCUGAGGGUCUGGGGAAAUACGCCAGGGACCCCAAAUUUGUGACGGCGACCAAAAACGAAAUCGCAGACGCCUGCGAGAUGACCAUUGAUGAGAUGGAGAGCGCCGCCAGCAACCUGCUGAACGGGAGCCUGGAUAACGGCAACGCCGGGGCGGCGGGCGGCGCCGGCUCGGACCCGCGUGCCCCCGCGCUCGUUAGGGACCGCAGUAUCCGCGACUACAGCGACGAAGAGCCCUACGUGACUCUGAAAUGCGAGGAGGACCUCGCAGACGAGAUGAUAUGCAUCACGUCGCUAUAGCAGCGGCUCACGCGGGAUCCUUUAGUUUUUUUCAAUUGAAUUUCUACUCUGCUAUUCCACCGCGAGGGGUCGUCCCCGCUCAGGAGCGUCCUGCAGUAGACAGAACAUGUGGAACACGGACGGACGGACAAGAGAGCAAAGUGCCUUGUUUUCUCUUUCUGUGCAGAAUUGGAAUGGAGGAAAUACAAAAGUGCUGAGAUAAAUUCAGCAAAUGUUGAGACCAGCCUGCCUGUCAUUUAGCAGGGGUUCAGGACACCUCCCCCACCCAAAGGGUGUUUUUUUAUUCCCUUCAUUAACGAAAUAAGCUGCUAGCCCCGCGAAGCCAGCCGCCAGCUGCCGAAUGCCGGGCAGUUUGGUAAAAUACUGGCAUGGUUCAUAUAUAUAUAUAAUUUAUUAUUUUGACUAAAAAACCACAACCUUGAUGGCUUUAAUAAUUUAAUAAUUUAUGAGGGUUUUUGCAUCCGUAUCGAGUAUAAUUGUUUCCCAGUUUUACUUCUGCUUUCUCUGACUAAACUUUGAAGGCCGAGAGUUGAACAAAGUUCUGAACCCCACCCCCCCCACCCCACCUCCCCCCCGCUGUCUGAACGAGCGGCAUUUGUCGUUCUGCAAAAUGUCUUUGGUGACCCGAUGAUUCCAAGGUUCCCUGUAUUCUGUUGGAGUUUUAUCUCAUGUACAUAUGUAAAAUGUAUGAUUUUCAUUAUUUACAUUACAAUUUGGCCUCAAUGCAGCAGACUCAAAAACACAAAGGUGAUUAAAAAACAACAACAUUUUUUUAUGUGUAAUUAUUUUACAUAUAAUUUAUAUUUCUAGGUUCAGGUUUAAAUGUUGCUCGUCUUUGGGACUAGACUUGAAAUGGAAAUCACAUAUCACCGAGAACAGACUUUGUCCUCAGGCAUAUCCUUCUGUCUCACAUGCACACUGAUAACAGAAACAUACCCGCCCCCCUUUACACCAACAGCAGAAACAGCAGAAAUCCAUUUUUCCCUAAAGUAGUUACUUUUAAUCCCCUGAAAAUAAAGGAAACAACAGAACGGAACGCCCACGUCACUCUUUGCAUAGCGUUCCUCAAGUUGUAUCAAAUCCCCUUGAAGACUGGGAGGAGAAACCAUUGCAUUGUUACCAAAUAUUCAAAGUCUCUUUUCUCAGCUAAACUAUAAACUAUAAAACUAUAAACUAUUUUCAACGUGAGUAAAUGUUUAAGUGUUUACACUGAGAACAUGAAUGAAAAACAGCUGUGAAGGAGAUGUUUUUCUACUAUACUCUUAGUAAUUGCGACAUCUGUCUGACAUCACUCUGUAGACAUGUGUGCCUCUGCCUUUUCAACAGCUUUGCUUCAGUUUUCUGUGGAUCUCAAAACAUUGAAUUUGUUUUUUCUGCUAAGCAGCAAUGAAAGGAAUUCCUUCGGGCCUCUUGGUGUCUGUUUCAUGAAGAGUCAGGUUAUGACAGAGGUCUCCAACACAAAGGUCAAAUUGUAUAUUUGAAAAGACAAAACCGACAUGGUGGCUUUUCUGAUUCUUUAUUAAUUCAGUAUAUUUUUGUUUCUGGAAUGAAAUGUUACCUUUUUACACGUAAAACUGGAAGCCCUGCAGAUAUAAACACUAAAGGGAGGCAACAUUUCUCACCUGUUCUGUUCUUCACAUCUGCUCCACCACCAACUUGUGUUUCUGUACCGCUGCCAACUGUAAUAAUGCCUUUGGGGCAACUAUUGCAAAACUUGGAAAGCCAAUCUUUUUCUUUUUCUCCCCCUGAAUUUGAAUACUUGUCUUGUGUAUCAAAGGGCUUCUUAAAAAAUAAAACCCAAACAAGGGAUCAUUAAGCGCAUUUGCAUCGCUAUUCAAUUAUUAUUGCAGAUUCGUUGUUUUUGUAAGUUACUGAAGAGUACACUAUUUCUCGUGUACACAUUCUACAGAUAUACAGACACACAGAUUGUGCGGCCAAUACAGCUGAUAAAAAUGACUCACGCGUUUUCUAACUGCAUAUAAAUUGUGAUAAUCUAAGAAUAACUAACAAUGUCAUUACCUUCGCAAAUUUCUCAGUAUCGGAGCAAUUGUUGCGAAGGCUGUAUUUCCCCAAAAUUAUUAGAAAAAGUUUUUAAUAUAUAUAGCUGCAUUCAUUUGACACAUUUUAAUUUAAACAGUAAUUGAUCUAAAUUUAUAAUUCUUAAAAAUGGUCUGAUACAAGUACCUCAGUGACAUGAGUGACAGGUGAAUGAUUGACAGUGAAGUUCGAAAAUAAUCAGUCACACAAUUACGUUUUUAUGAUUACAACAUAUUGUAGUUUUGGAUGAUACUGACUUUAGAGUGACUAAGGGUACUUUAAAAGCCAUAUUACACCCACGCUGCAGGCGGAAAUGUGUCAAUUUGCUGCAUAACCACCUGAAAGAAUGCUUCCUCCAGUGGGAGAAACAUACUAAUGAUCACUAAAUCAAAACGCACAUGGGAAAGGAAAUGUUCAUUCAGUGAUGUCAUUGACUUAACUGGGAAAUGAUUGACCAGCAUGACUUUGUACAGUCCAGAUUUAUUUUUGAGUCAGUAAAGGCCAAGUAACCGUGAUCAUCUGCUGCCUGUUCACAGUACAAGUACCCAAAGAAGACUUUUACUGUUCCACUGCUUAACACAUUUCUAUCAAAUAAUAACAUGUAUACAAUCUGUAUAGUGUUUGUAAAGACUUCUGCUUUCUACUCAUUUGUUGUAUGGAAAUUAAAAAUAUAUAUAAGUAUCUACUCUGUAGCACAAGUACUAGUACCCUAUAGAUUUUGUACCAAAGGAAAACAAAAUCCCUGUUUUGUACAUUUUAUUUCUUGACAAUGAACCUGUUGAGACAUUUUAUAAGGAUCACUGAAUAAAGUCAUGGGCA